GCGCACACAUUCCAAAAUAAACAGGUUUUGUUGAAUGUCGAGAAUAUAAUUUAUUAACGAAGCAUCGGUGCAAUUUAUAACCUGAUGAUUCGAAAAUAAUGUAUAAAAUCCGUGAACUUUUAAUAAUACCGGAUAUUGCCCCAGGCCUUCUGGUGGGAUUUUACUAAUUUUGAUAGCUAUUUUAAUCAUCUCGUAAGUAUCUAAGAAGAUAAUAGUGCUGUACCUACUCUCAGUUGCAAAAGGUUUAUUUUUAUAAAUUAAAAUUCCAGUAAAUACCAUAACAAUUAAAUAACAUCUUCUUGGUGUACAUGUGAGUGUGUAGAGACCUUCGAGUGCACAAGGCUAUCGCGGCGCCUAAUCCUCUUUUAUUUUUACCGUAUACAAAAACACUCUUCAAUCUCAUCCUCGAGGAACCGGUUCGUAUCGCCAGUACGGCUCGAUCGCUCGCCACUCGACGAUGUCGUCGACGGCCGACCUGGUGCAGGAGCCGCGGCCCUCCGCCCGCCCGACGCCCGCCCAGCGGCUGCUCUACGCGCGCGAAGUCAUCACCGUCGAGCCCGUCAUCGGCGCCUACAUGCUCGCCUCGCAGCUCUGCGUGCCCGCCAUCUUCAACCUGGAGUUCGAGAAGAGCUGCCGCUCGAACCUGGCCUUCGGCGACGCCGUCUGCGAGGCGGUGCUGGCCGGCGACGUGGCCAACAUCACCGACCAGAACAACCGCGUGCAGGUCGUCAUCAACGACGUGCACUCCUGGCAGCUGCCCCUGCAGACCGUCGUGCCCAUCGUGCUGAUCUUGUUCCUGGGGUCGUUCAGCGACAGGCACUCCUGGAGGAAACCUUUCUUGAUCAUGCCCUUCGUGGGCGAGCUCAUUUCGGUCGCGGGGUGUAUACUGAGCGUUGUGUUUAUGGUGGAUUGGACGUUGGAGGUGCAAGGGAUGUUCCAGGUGAUAAUACCGUCGCUCUUCGGUGGACAACCUAUGAUAACAAUGGCGAUAUUCGCUUACAUAGCGGACGUCAGUUCGCUCGAAAUGAGAACCUUGAGGAUAGGCGUCGUGCAAAUCGUCAUCAGCAUCAUCGUACCGUUAUCCCAAUCAUUCUCAGCUCACUUGUUCGAGUUAAUAGGUUACUACGGAGUGUUCCUGACGGCUGGCGCCAUCUACGCCUUCGGCAUAGCGUACGCGGCGUUCUGGAUAAAGGAGCCGCACAAGCCGAGGCUGGGAUCGAUCGGCGAGACGGUGCGCGACAUGUUCGAUCCUCGACACGCCAUCGACACGUUCAACCUGGUGCUGAGGAAACAGCCGGGGGUGAACCGGCUCUAUUUGGUGCUGAUGCUGGCCGUGGUGCUGAUCUACAGCAUGGUGGCCGACGGGGAGAACGGGCUGUUCUUCCUCUACACGCAGCACCAGUUCGGAUGGACCGUCAUCGAGUUGACGUAUUUCUCCACCGUGAAUACGUUGAUACAUCUCGUGGGUACCGCGCUGGCCGUUCCGUUUUUCACUAAAGUGCUUUACCUCAGCGACAUGAUGAUUUUGUUCCUGACUUUUGUGGAUAAAAUUGCGGCUAACUUCAUCUUCGGAUUCGCCAAUAGCGUCAGUUUGCUCUAUACAGCGGCCGCUGUGACAUUAAUAACGGGCGUAACGCCCAUCGGGAUGAGAUCAUUCCAGACGAAAAUCGUGUCGGAAAACGACCUGGGAAAAGCGCAAUCGUUGUUCGGAGUGUUCGAGGCUUUAGCUCCCGCCAUAGCAUCGCCUGUGUACAACAAGUUGAUAUACAACAACACCAUCACCUCCUUUCCGGCGGCUUUCUUCUUCUUCAGCAUCCUGCUGUACGCUGUUGGCAGUAUAUUGAUUAUGAGGAUUUACGCGACAGAAAAGCUGAAAAAUCGAGGGAUAUCAGAGGAGAAAGGGGUGGAUAAUAAUGGUAAACAAAUUCCUAUGGAUAAUAUUAUAGAAGUUACUCAUAUGUAAAUUUAUUAAUUAAUUAAUUGAGAAAAUUGUAGAUACCUUUAUUGGAUAGAUACUAACUUAUAUUUAACAAAUUAAUAUAGAUAUUAAGCCC